GACCUCUGACGGGUAGGAUCCUAAUCUGCAUAAAGAAAUGACAGGCAUUCUUGAGCUGAAUCGGAGGGAGGUUAAACAGAGGUUCUCAGACAAAGCGAAGUUUUUUUCAAUAGUUUUAACCCAACAAUUGGCCUGAAGUAGGUCAAAUUAACUUUAGGAUUUGGCGAUGACUUUAUUGUGAAAGUUCAUCGGGGACCGCGUGAUUGUUGGUUUGGCGGUCCAUUGAAGACAGAAUGGGCCAGACUUCUGUCUCCUCCUUGUCUCAAAAUGCGAGUGUUGAUGGACUGGAAAAAGCAUCUCUGUCCAACUGUGAUGUUGUGGUGGGCAGCACCCAGACUCCUCCACUGAAGCAGAAGGGGAAGCUCUCCACUAUAGGGAAGAUCUUCAAACCCUGGAAAUGGCGCAAGAAGAAAACCAGUGACAAGUUUCAGGACCUAUCCAAAGUUCUGGAGAGGAAAAUCUCCACGAGGCAAAGUCGAGAGGAGCUGAUAAGAAGAGGCGUUCUCAUUCCCGAUCAAGAGGAGCCAGUGAACUCUGAGAAUCUAAAUGGCCAUGCAACGCCUAGUGUGGGGUCAGAUGAGGUCAAAGUUGACAUGGAGUCUCCGCAAACACCUUUGGAGGAGAAGACAAAAGGGUCGGAGAAUGCUGAGGACAAAGCAGGAGAGGUUGCUCUGCUCCCCCCUCCUCUACCUCCCUUAGUAAGGAAUGAAAUCAAAGCUACUCCAAAAGGAAACCAGGCCAGAAUGCGGGAGGCUAAAAAACAUCCCACCACCGCUCCUCCCAAAUCAGCUGGUGGGGCUACAGCAGGGCGCAGGGACGGGACCGCUGGUGUUAAAAAGCUGCCCAAAAGCACAGGCAAGCAAGCUUCCGCUCUGCCGCCCAAACAAAACCCUCGAAACAAUUACAUUGGGAACGCCAAAUCCUCUCAUCCUAAGAAAACUGGAGGCACAUCCAAGAGCACGGCCCAGUCUUCAUCCUCCUCAUCGUCCACACCGCGUACCACAAAGACCUCCAAGGACAGACCUGCCAACCCAACUGGGACAGAGAAGACAAACAAGCGCGUCCUCCAACUAGUAACUGACCCUUCCAGCUUCUCUGGAGCUCCCAAGGCCUCCCCAGAGACAGUCAACCUUUCUGGAAAGAGACGGGUCCCGGGCACUGGGCAUGGGAACCAGGGGUGCAAGGAGGAGCCCUCUUCUGGCCCAGAAGGCAGGCCUGCUGCUCAGAAUGACUCUUCUCUGACUGGAAUGGGUAAAGACAAUGCCUCAGGAGCCAGUCCUCAGGACCCAGGGGAGAAGGCCCCUCUGGUCAACAAUGCCACUGAGGACACUUUAUUCACUGAGUCUCAUAGCGAGAGCUCCAUGGAGGAAGCCCUGGGGACUGGGGAAGAUGGAGGUGUUGACCGUGGGCAACAGUCGGGGGACGCAGACCAUGAGUUAGAGAAACGUCAGUGGCCUACCAAUGGGAUUGGAGAGAAGAAGCUCCACGGUGUUAACCUGGAGAGCCCAGAGGUUACAGUCAUCCCAGACAGCACUACGGAGUCUGACUACCAGUCCACAGUCAGCGACUCUGACUCAGAUGGGCCCAUCCUCUACCGAGACGAAGACGAGGAUGAGGAAGACGAGUAUACCACAAGCUCCCUAGCCAGUAAGAUCCGCCGCAGGGACACCCUGGCCAUCAAACUGGGCAACCGGCCCAGCAAGAGAGAGCUGGAGGAGAAGAACAUUCUGCCUCGCACCUCUGAGACUGAGAGGCAGGAACUCCGGCAACAGAUUCACUCCAAGCUAGUGAGACGACUUAGUCAGAGGCCCAGCACUGAGGAACUGGAGCAGAGGAACAUUCUGAAACAGACGAAUGAAGCUGAUAAACAUGAAGCCAUACAAGAGAUUAAAAGGAGACUCUCCCGAAAGCUGAGUGUGAGGCCCACAGUAGCAGAGUUGGUGGCUCGGCGGAUUCUGCGCUUCAAUGAGUAUGUGGAGUGCACAGAUGCUAAGGACUAUGACCGCCGUGCAGACAAACCCUGGACCAGGCUCACUCCAUCUGACAAAGCUGCUAUUCGUAAAGAACUGAAUGAGUUCAAAAGCAAAGAGAUGGAAGUUCAUGAAGAGAGCAAGCAAUUCACCAGGUUCCAUCGACCCUGAGGUGUAUUUCUCCAAUGGGGGUCCUGGUCAGCUGCCGGCCCUGCCUGAGGACUCUUUCUUCCAGCUGCCCUGUGUCCCGCUGUGGGCUUCACCGAAGCCUGGAGCCUAGAUGCCCCUAGGCACGGACACAUGGACAAUGUCCCCUGGGGCUAACUUGUCUCCAGCCUUAGAGAUCAAUGACAUUGGGCCACACCUGGUUACACAGACCAGACUGAGCUUUAGUGUUGUGUGGAAAGAUACAGAGAGAGAGAGAGACCAAUAUCCAUCCAGAGAAUGUGAAUGGGCCGAGCCAAUGCCCAUUCACCGUCUUUGCACACCAUGAAGAAACAAAACUGUUGCACUUUGUAACACAGCGCUGAUUGAAUUACCCACAUACUGUACCUGUUGGCUUCCCAUAACGCCCCCUAACAAACUUUGACCAAGUCCCUGUGGAAGCGAAAUGGUUUUGCAACUAUGGCGAUGUUGUAGGUUAGGCAAGUCCAGCCAAGGGUAAUGGUAAUCAAAUCAAUUCAGCUUAAACGGUGCAAUUAAAUGCUUACUUGCGAGCUUCCUCAACAGUGCAAUGAAAAAUAUAAACAAAUAAAAAAAUGAAACACAUAUUCAUAAGCUUAACGUAAUGUAAGUGCAUGGAAAGGAGUGUUGAAGGAAGAAUGGUCACUUUUACUGCCAUGUAGUUUUGAUGGUGGAAAUAAAGGUGUUUUAGGUCUUGUUUUAAGGGGUGAUUGUUCAUGCUGAUCUUAAAGUGGCUGGGACUACAUGAAUUGUGCCUAGAAACUAAGCAUUAUGUAUCAUUACUAUAUGUGUCAUGCUUUUUGGAACUGUAAGUUACCAUUAUUGAGCAUAUCUUUAUGGGGACAGAGCAGAGUGGACCCUUUUGAUUGGUGUAGGCGAUUCUUUGCAAAUACCCCUCUAUCUGCAAGUCAUCCAGUGAGUUUCCAAAUUUAGAACAAGUUCAGACAAAAUUGGUCUGCUUUUGAUUGGUUGAGCUGUUCGUAAUGGAUGGUCUGUGUAGUUUGAAAGGAUGUGGUAAAUGUUAGCAUUUUACAGACCGAGAUAAAUCCAUCAGGAGCUUUUUUCCUGAUCAUAAAAUGUCUUUUGUAAAGCAUUUCUUUGACAUUUCUGUGAUCAGGUACACCAAUCCAUCAGAAUGUAUAUUAAUUUCAGACUGCUAAGAGCAGUUGUAGAAUAUUGGAGGAGAACCACAGUAUUCAUGUCCAUUUCUUUCUCAUUCUAUAGAUUUUCUGUAAGAAAAUGUAUAUCUGAUGCAUGAUCACAACGUUACUGCCAAUUACCUGAUAGAUUUUUUCAUUGAUGUGAUGAAGAGGACAAUUUUCGUAGUUUAUUUUUAAACCCACCCCAAUCUCGAUUGAUGGCGCUAUGUGCUGUUCAUAUGUGAGUACUGUAUCUUUGAAUUAUGUCAUGUACAUAAUAGUAAUGUAUAUGCAGUUAUUGUCACUCCCAUAUUUAUCAUGCAUAUAGGUCUAUACGUGCAUCAUAUGCCUCUAAAUGUCUUUAUUUUUCAGUUGUUGAUCACAUAACUAGAUACCAUUUCUGCGAAACAUCAACGGUGUAUGCUCAGGAGGAAGAUGCCAUAACCCUUCAGUAUUAGCUACAUAGACUGAAAGUGACACCAUGGCCACUGAAUUGGUGUCACAUGUUGACUUAGACAUCCAUUAGGAUGUCAUGUAUAUUGAUGAAAAUACACACUGAAUGUCUCACCGUCAUUGUGUAUUGGUUUGUAUGAGAUUCCUUUUUUUUCGUACUGCUUCUGUGAUCAUUGUGCACAAUGGCUUUAAAGUGGCCAGGAUCCAAAUGUUUUCGAAGUGUGUUUGUGUUGAAAAUCAUCUGUGCAGUGGAAAGUAAUGUGUCUGCCUGGCCUGAGCCCACCGUGCAGUCAACUGUGAAGCCAUUGAGUGGGUCAAUUAAAAGCUGAGCAGGAGGGGGUGCACUCGUU